AUUACCCGGUCUCAGCACUUAUUCUCCAUUGCUACAGGUAUUGAUCCUCGCUCACUGACCCUUCAAAAUUCAGACGAGUUCUACCUGUUUAUGGACAUGCGGGCCGAGUUCAAAUGGCUGUCAUAUCAAAUGACUUCGAAGCGCUGGGUGCUGGCAACAGAGGAGUACAACCGUCGUCUCACACAGACAGCUGGCCGGUCGGUCAUUCAGAAGAACCCACAAGCCCUCCUACGUGCACUGGGUGACAUCGAG